UGUUCCUUCCACUUUCAUGGCCGCGACGUCGGGGCCAUCCUUGCCAGACCGCGUGGCCCGGGCGGUGAUCGACCGGUACGACCAGCUGCCCGGGCGCGGCAAACCGCAGGGCCGCGCAUGGACGGUGCUGGCGGGCAUUGUGGCAGAGAGAGGACGAAGCCUGAAGGUCUUGGCCUUGGCCACCGGCACCCGCUGCAUCGGAGUGGCCUCCAUGGUCGCACGGCCGCUGGGCCACGUGCUGCACGACGCCCACGCGGAGGUGCUGUGCCGCCGGGCCUUUCAGCGCUGGCUGGUCUCCGAAAUGCUCCACAGCAAAGAGGAGAGAAAGAGAAGCUCCUUUCUGAAAUUGGUGGAUGAGGAGGAUCUACAAUUCUCUCUUGACGAUGAUGUCCACUUGCAUUUCUACGUGAGCACACUGCCCUGCGGCGAGUGUGCGUUGGUGCCGCUGCAGAGCAAGCUUGGUACGUUGGCCCGAAAGCUGACGGAGACCACCGAAUCGGAGACCCUAAAGGACCGAAAUAGGACUGGAGCCAAGCCAUCUCGAGGGAUGCCCAACGAUCCACAGGCGGAGGGCUUGGAGUUUCACCAGGAGGGCAUUUUGAGGUACAAGAGUGGCCGAAGCGAUACCCGACCCGAAAGCCGCAGCGUCUGUUAUAGCUGUUCGGAUAAGAUUUGCCGCUGGAAUCAUAUUGGAUGGGAGGGCGCACUCUUGUCACGCCUCCUGAAGCGGCCUUUGAAGAUGACGUCCUUGAUCAUUGGGGGCUCCAUCUACGACCAAGCCUUUGUCCACCGCGCCCUCUUUGGCCGCGCGGGCGUGGCUUCAGCGCAGCUGGCCCCGCAGUUUCACCCGACGACGGUGGAGUUCGGCGCGUCUCGCGAGGCCGCCGAGGCCGAUGCUUCAUCUUCGAAGGUCUCGACCGGCGGCUUGAGCUUAGUUUGGACCGAGGAGUUGGAAGACUCCACCUCUCCGAAGUCCGCUCCCGGCGCCACCUACGAGGUGCUCAUCGGCCACACCGGGCAGCGCCAAGGCCUGCGCCACGACCGCAAGGCGAGCCGCCGCGCAAGGCCGGCGGAAGCUGCCAAGGCGGCGGGGGACCGCGCCGGCGCGGUGGAUAGCUGGGUCUCCGUGCUUUGCAAGAAGCUCAAGGCGCAGGACCUGCUGCAAUCUUUGCGCCAGCUGAAACACGAUGAGGCGCUACAGGACUGGCUCCUUCGUCCCACCCUGAAGCGCCGGCGCCUCGACGAAGCGGGCCAUGCCGCGGAGGGCGAAACGGGCCAUGCCGAAACGGCCCGUCGAGCGGUGGCGACGUUCCCCAGCUAUGCAUGGCUUAAGGAGAUGAUGACCAGUGACGCCUAUCGUGCCUCCAAAAAGGACUUCCAUUCUGGGGAUCCAUUCUGCCACUGGUGGCGGAAGCAAAGCAUUGAGUUCGAGAAUGACCUUGACGGCGUGGACGGUUUCCAAGUUGACCUCUUGGCGGAGAUCUUCACAAAGAACCCUGAUCAAGCAGAGGUGCCCUUAUAGCAGAAGCUUCCCUACGAACAGAUCAUCUUCUCCAGGAUCACUCAUCACCCACCAAUUCGAGGAAGCCCACUUGGCUUGCUGGCUGCGAUGACGCGAGCCGACGCCUUGACUGCCUGGACCCAGUCGACCGACCACGCCGACCACGCUCCGUGGCGCUCUGGGGCACAGGAUCCUGAGAACCAAGGACAUCGAGACUAGAAAUCCGAGGAGAAGAAGCAGCGGAUGGUGCGAAAAGUAUUGUGAGUUCGACUUGCAAGAACAUGUGCCUUAACAG